CUAAAAAAAUCCCUAUCGUCAGGAAUAGAUGCACUAAUUCUGUUUCUGUCUCCAUCCCAGAGUCCGUCAUUUCCAGCACUUCUGUUAUCAAAGGACCGAGCAAAAGUCAACGUCCUAUUAAACAUCAAAACAUGAGACCAAGAAUGGACACUUCGCCAGCAGAUCAUCACUGCAAUGAGGAGGCAGGGACUCUUGAUGAGUCAGUUCAAGAUGCUUUAUCCUUGGAGAUGGCUUCUCCCAUAGCCAAAAUAGUGGAGGUGGCAGAAAAAGAGGGAGAAGAGUCGUCAGAGGAGUUUGCUCGUCCCGCUAGAGGACGCCCACAGAAGAAGAAGACUGCAGUUAUAUUGCCAGGAAGAGAGAUGGAGAGCCCUGAGCUUCUGAUGCACUGCAUAUGUCUCAAAGAGGGCCGGCUAUGGCCGGUGGCAGACCUUCAAGGAUUGCGGCAGGAGGAGGAGGAGGUCGCGCGAGGGGGAGGAAGGGUCGCACGAGGGGUAGGAGGAGGUCGCACGGAGGUCGUGCAAGGGGGAGGAGGAGGUCGGAAGAGGAUGUGCGAGGGGGAAGUGCAGAUCGCGCAAGGACGAGCAGGAGGUCGCGUGAAGGUCGUGUGUACGUCGGAAGAGGUGGGAGGAAGUCAAAAGAGGGGGAGGAGGACGUCGCACGGAGGCCGUGCAAGGGGGAGGAGGAGGCCGGAGGACGAUGUGCGAGGGGGAAGUGCAGAGGCGGAGGUCGCACGGAGGUCGCGCAAGGGGGAGGAGGUCGAGAGACGAUGUGCGAGGGGGAAGUGCAGAUCGUGCAAGGAUGAACAGGAGGUGGCACGAACGUCAUGAACCCAUAGGCAGUACCCUGCAAAGGCCCAUGCGGUAACAGGUUCCCGAGCUAGUAGCAGUGGUGACGAAGAAGUGGCGAGUGGGGUCAGCGAUCUUGAGGGCGGGGGCGGUGGUGAUGAGUUGCUUGAGUUUGUCAAAAGCGGCUUGGCGACGUUCAGUCCAUGUGAAGGAUUUGGUGGCGCGGGUGAGCUCAUGGAGAGGGUAGGAGACGUCGGAGAAGUUUUGAAUGAAGGGGCGGUAAUAGUUGAACUUUUGUUCUCGAAGGAUGGAGAGAACUUUGCGAAGGUGUUCGAGGUGGGAUUCGAAGGUGGGGCUAAAGUCGAGGAUAUCAUAAAGGUAGAUCACGACACAAACUUCGAGGAGGUCGCGAAAGAUGUGAUUCAUGGUGGAGUGGAAUGUGGCGGGGGCAUUGGUGAGUCCGAAGGGAAUCACGAGGAAUUCGUAGUGCCCGAAGCGAGAGCGAAAGGCGGUCUUGUGGGUGUCCUCCUCGCGAAUGCGGAUCUGGUGGAAGCCACUGCGGAGAUCAAUCUUGGUGAAAUACUUGGCUCCACGGAGGCGAUCAAGAAGCUCGGAUAUGCGAGGGAGUGGGUACUUGUUCUUGAUCGUGAUCCGGUUCAGGGCACGGUAGUCUGUGCACAUGCGAAGUUCCGAGGUGUCGUUCUUCUUAACGAAGAGACAGCUGGUUCCGAAGGGGGAGGAGCUAGGCUUAAUGAAUCCUUUCUCAAGGAGUUCAUUAAGUUGUUGCUUCAUCUCUUCGGCCUCGGGGACGGAGAGCUGGUACGGGGGGUGACAAGGAGGAGGGUGGCCGGGCUCGAGAUCAAUGGUGUGGGAUACACCACGAUCGGGAGCCAGCAGACUCAACUCACGCUGGAGGAUUAUGAGAUCCUCCAAGCAGAAGAACUUCAGGAUGAGUUGCAGCGGCAGUUGGACGAAGCAGCAGAGAGGAGAAGGAGAGCUAUAUUGAGGAAAGCUAGACUAGAAAGAGAACCCAUUGCAGCACCUGGCAGCAUAGAGUUUGCUGUCAAAUAUGAACAGACGCUGCAGCAAGCCGUUGAACAUAUCAAGAAGUCUCAGGAUGCAAUGAUCGCAUCUGAGAAUAAGCACAGACGGCCCUCUAACUUUCAGUUCAUUUUCCUUGCAGCUGCUCUUGUGACCAAAAACUAAUUAAUAGAUAUGAUGGGAGACCUUUUUUUUUUUUUUUUUUUUUUAACAAACACCACCUGCAUCA